GAUCUGGUCACCUUAAUUUGCCACCCGCGUGCCACCUCUCAUUGUCUGCAUUUCUCGUCGCGACGCUCAUCAGAAGGUCCGCUCGUAGAGUCGUACGUCGUACGAACCAGGUGGUUUGGUUUCAGGGUAGCGAUUUCACAUGAGUCACGUCCGCUCACUAUCCACAAGCGGUUCCUCCAUUGCAGCGAUAUCUCCUCAUGAUUUGUAUAACAAUGCCAAGCUUCAAAGGGCCACAGCAACAAUUGAUGAGCUCACUGAAGCGCUAGCUCAUUUCACCUCGACGAACUCAUCCGUCGAAGACGACCUUCUGCGCACGGACCCAGAGUGUCGAUGCAAUCACGCCGAGAGUUCGAAUGGAAGGAACUGCGAUACCGUCAGAGCAUGGCGUAAAGAUCGCAGCCAAUUAGAGGAGAAGCUCGUAUUGUGUGCUGAGAUCGGACAGGCACUCCUCGAGAAGCAUGAAGCCUAUGCUGCAGAUCAUAGCUCGAUUCAAUACAACACUGACGAACGCAGCAACAACCUGGAACGAUCUAAUGAACGACUCCUUUCUCGCCUCGCCAACACACUCAAGGCCAAGGAAUCCUCGGACGCACGAUACGCACAAGCAACUCUCAACCUCGAAGUUGCUGAAUCUUCCAACCGCACUCUGUUAAGGGAGGUUCAGGACGCGCGAGCCGUUAUCACGCGCCUGUCUGCGCAUGUAACUAGAUCUGUAGGGUGGGAGGAAAAGGUGAUGGCACUCGAGGAACAGCGUGACGAAAUUUUGCAAGAGCGGGAUGCUGAAAUUGGGCGAGCAAAAUCGUCAGAGGCGAAAGUCUCUUCACUAUCAGACAAGUGCGCUUCGCUUCAGACGGAAGUGUAUAAGUUGCUUGACCAGCUCAGUGAGCAACGGUCCCCUCCGCGGGACAUCUCUGAGCAACUCAUACACGAGGCACGCGCAAAAUUGGAAGCAAUGUAUCGAUCACUUGAGAAAGCUCAUACAUCAGACAGAGUUGAACUCACGAAGAUUCUUGAAUCACUUGUGUCAGCCAACGAGUCACUCAGCCAUGACAACAUCGAGCUGCAAAACCUUCUCGCAGAAGCGCGUACUGAACAACGUGCUUUGACAGAAGAAGUGCAGGAAUAUAGAGCUACCGCUUCCUCCGGCUGUGGAGUGGAAUCUCUGCUCAGAGCUCAUUCUCCCUCCCCUAGUUCGCCUCUUGGCCAAUUCAGUCAUCGACUCACGCCUGUGCUCGGACCUCGAGCGUCGAGCCGACGUGCGGGCGAGCCUUGGGGCUCGACAUCCCUUGCCUCUUCACCCCCUCCGUACCAUCUUGGGUUCAUGGGGAACAGUCCACCAAGAACUCGCAAUCUUGCCUUGCCACAUCAUAUACAUCGUGGCAUUCGACGUUCAAGUCGGUCACCAUGUGGGCGCGAUGACGAUGAAGGAUUUUCUGGGUCGCAAGCCGAAGAUAUGGACUCCAUUUUCUGCGGGAUUCCUCGCAAGCGCUCCUUGCGAUUACUCAGCCGCUCGCGAGGUGUCCAAACCGACCAUGAGUACACUCAAUUUAUACCCCAUCACCCCCGCGCGUAUUCCGCCAGUACUGCCAAUGAAGGGGACCAUUCGGAAACUUCGUCCCUCAAUCCAACCGACCCCGCCCCCAGUACUCCCCAGCCGCUGACUGGUCUCCUUUCUGGUCUUAUUGAUAGACUGAACGUUCUGUUGGGUCGCGUUAGCCAGGCUGACGUCGAGACUUUGACUGCACGACUCAAAAGGCAACACAUCGCCGGCGGAGACGUUGGCCAUCUUUCCCGAACAACGAUUAGAUCAAUCGUGAAUGACGCAGGCAACCUGCGCAGCCACCUCAAAGGGGUGCUGGAAAUGGAGCACCAUGAUAUGACCAGGAAGGAUCUGAAGAACAUGCUAAGAUUCUCAAAAGACGUGUUUACGGAGCUUGGGAAGCUGAGGUCGACCGUCAAUGAGAUUAUUCUUGAUCCAUCCGCUGCAGCGGGAUUGGGUACUCCGACGGACCACUCACAAGAAAAGAGCGCCGCUAUGGGAUGGAUUGCGCCAAUUUCAAAAUUAUUCUCUGCCUCUACAGAAGCAUCGACCCCCAAUGCGCAGGUCCGAAGAAAUGCCGUUGCUAUUCCAUCCAGCAGUGGAUCACCGAAACGUCGCGUUCCGGCGCGCACAGCCCCGAAACUCGCUGCAGCUGUGUCUUCUUCACCUGCAACGGUCAACGUUGAGUUUUCAAGUUCUCGCGCGAAUCGCGUAGUCUCUUCAACUGCCGAAUUUCCGACACGAAGUCUCGCUGGCGGUGGCAUAUCGACUUUACCUUCCACUCCGACCAUAACCACGGCCCCAGGAUUUCGGACUCGUCGCGACGAUCUGUUUGGGAUUUUUGCUGGUGCUUCUCAGAGCUUCACCGACUCGGGCGAAUCUUGGGUUGUCCUGCCUGGUAAAUCAAGCAAGGGGAACAAAAUUCGUCCCGCUCAGUCAACAGCUGAUUUUGGAAGCCCGCUUGCGACUCCCAAGGGUCCCUCGCGCAGAAAACGUGUGCCUCGCAACGUGGAUGCGGUGAUCGAUUCAAUGAGCCAGAGAAGUGUGAUCCUCGAGCACUCUGCAGCCGAUUUUGAAGAGGAGACCGAUGAGGUUGGAGAUGACACCCGAGAUGCGUAUCCGAAUCCCAGACGUGUCCUCCGACCUCGUGGACUCUCUGAUUCAUCCGUUCACUCUACCUUCAUCAAAGACACAUCCGUCACUCGACUGGUCACACCUGCCGGUCUUGCACUGUCCUCCCCUCCACACAGUGCAGAUCCAGAGACAACCUCGUUUGGUGCCUAUGAUCGCCAGUCUGCAAUGCGUACUCUGACACACAAGGUGUCAAGUUUGGCGUCCAGUUAUUAUGGUACUAGCUCACUCGGGAAUGCAUCCAUACCUGGAUCCCAUCGUCUGGGACUGGUAUCAAGACUGAACUGA